AUGAUCCAGAUGGAUCGUUUGUACUCUGUCGAUGAUCUGUACACGAUUCGACAGAGGGAGGACGAACCCUUACGGGAAUACGCAGCGCGCUUCAGUCACGAGUACUCGAGGUGUCCUGAAACGGACGAUAGGGCAGCCUACGGCGCCUUCAAGAGUGGCCUUCGGUCCUCUCACUUCCGGUAUCUCGUGCACAGUAGCAACUGGCGCACGUACGACGAGUUAAUGAAGCAGGCGGCAGUCCAUGCGAAGGCCGAAUACUUCAAUUCCAAACCCGGGCCUUCGGCUCGGAAGGAGGAGUCAGCCACCAAAAGUUAUCCGGGGCGAACUGACGAUUCUUCGGCAGGACACAAACGGAAGGACGACCGUGAUAGCCGUCAGGGAAACUCAAAGAAAGGGCGCGGGAAAUACGGUCGUAACGACCACCGGGCGCCGCUACCGAAUCACGAUCGUGCCCAGGAAGUCUUCACCCUGCUGAACACAACGUACGAAAACCGUUCUGAUGAACGUGCAUGA